CUCUCUCGAUUCAGGCUUUGGAUGAGCGGUGAAAAAGAUGGCGGCGCUGCUGGUGUUCCCUGCCCCGCUCCCUCUCCUCCGCCGCCUUCUUCGCAGCUGCUGGGCUUCGCUGGGCGGCCACAGUCCUCCUUGGGCUCCUGCUUUGGCUGUACAGACUCCAACAUUGCUGGAACAUGUGGAGGAGAAAACUGAAAGUGAGGAGUCUCCGAGUUUUUUAGACAGCAUAUUCUGGAUGGCAGCUCCAAAGUCAAGACGUACCAUUGAAGUGAAUCGUUGUCGGCGAAGGAAUCCUAGAAAGCUUAUAAAAUUAAAGAUAAACAUAGAUGUCUGUCCUCAGUGUGGCAACCUGAAACAGAAGCAUAUUCUUUGCGGCUAUUGUUAUGAGAAAGUCAAAAAGGAAACCUAUGCGAUAAGGAAGCAAAUGGGGGAAUUGGAAGGAGGUCCCCAUAGGGCUCCCACUGUAGAGACUGUUGUGCUGUAUGAAGGGGAGACGCCCAGGGACAAAGACGAAGGCAAACGGAUUAUAGAACGAAACAGGAAACGUCCAUCUUGGUUCACGCUGGACUGAUCGUGGAGGAACCCACUGUUUAUAAAAUACAACAGCUGUUAAUUAUCAGAAUACACAUUCUCGGGCAGUAACUUUAUUUCUAAUACGCAUUUGCAGUUUAAUGUUAUUGCUCUACUUUACUUUUUUUCAGUAACUCCAUUUUGCAUUUGGAUUAAAAUGGGUACUAUAGAAGUGUUAAAUCCAAUGUAAUGUUAGUAGGGUUACAGCUCUUGUCAACAUUUUGCACAACAAAAACUGUAAGGGAUACCUCUGGAAAUGAGCAGCUCAUAAUGUAAUGGUUCACGUGUUAGCACUGUGACUUCAUUUGAUACAGGUCUAUCAGUUUUGUUGGCUGUUUUGGGUAGAUCUUUUCCCCCUACAUCAGUGGUUCUCAACCUGUGGGUCCCCAGGUGUUUUGGCCUACAACUCCCAGAAAUCCCAGCCAGUUUACCAGGUUUACCCCAGGUUGAGAGCCACUUCCCUACAUGUACCUUAUUUUCAAAGUAUGUUGCAUUUUCUAAGUUGCUUCCCACCCCACACACACACCUUUCUGAAUUAAAGCAUGAUUAACCUGCAUUUGAAAACCAAAAUAAAGCAUAUUCAGUUUUAUAACGA